ACUGUCAAUGAGUCAGCGUCGGUGCGGAGCUGCAGAUCAGUCAUCUCUCUUGAUCGCCACUGUAUUGACUUCAUCUUUUAAUGCUUCUGCAUCAGAUGAAUCUCAUUUUUUAAACCCGCUCUCGCUCUCUGUGGAUUUUAAUAUUCCCCGCAUGCACCAUGGACCAGUUCCGUGGCUUGUUUGUAAAGCUGGACCAGAACAAGGAUGGGUUUGUGUCGGUGGCAGAGCUCCAUGAGGAAAUGAGGAAGCAUGGGAUCCUCUCAGCAGAGGCAAAAGUCCAGAAUAUCAUUGAUUCCUAUGAUAUAGACAAAGAUGGCCUGCUGGAUUACCAGGAGUUCCUCAGUUACAUGAUGGACAGAGAGAAAAAAUGGAAAAUUCACUUUGAUGACCUUGACAAGAACAAGUGUGGGGUGAUUGACCAGGAGGACAUCAUAUGUUUGUUUAAGGAAUUAGGAGUGGUCAUUUCAAAGCCGAAUGCAAAAAAAAUUAUACAAAUGAUGGAUAAAGACAGUUCAAUGACGGUGGACUGGACUGAAUUCCUGCACCACAUCAUCCUGAACCCCGUGGACAGCAUCAGGGAGCUGGUGUCGUCAUGGAAACACGGCAUUGUGUUCGACGUCGGAGAGAGCCGCGCCAUGCCCAUCGAGAUGCCCGAGGAGGCGUCGGGGUUCGGCGCCUGGAGGACCUUCGUCAUGGCCGCAGGACUGGCCGACGCCGUGUCCCGGACUGUGACGGCACCCAUCGAUCGCCUUAAAACCCAACUUCAGGUUCACGGAUCCAAAGCGUUCUCUCAGGGCUUCCAGGAGCUGAGGGCGGGCGGCCUGCGCUCCAUGUGGCAGGGCAACGCCGUCAACGUGCUGAAGGGGACGCCUCAGUCCACCCUGCAGUGCCUCAUCUACGCUCAGAUGAAAGUUUACACCCAGAGCCGAACGCAGGAGACCCUGACGGUGCAGCAGCGCUUCGGCCUGGGCUGCAUCUCCGGCGCCGUGGCCCACGCCGCCUUCUACCCUUUAGAGGUGCUGAAAGUGAGGCUGAACCUGCAGCAGGCGGGGACUUAUAACGGCGUGGUGGCGUGCGCCCGAUCCAUUUCCAGGAACGAGUCUCUGUCCUCCUUUUAUCGAGGAUUCAAGCCCAGCAUCCUCUGCAUGAUCCCGUACGCGGGCGUGGAGUGUGCCGUGCAUCAGUCGAUCAUAUCCUGGGCAAAGAACGAUCCCGCCUACAACAGCGACUCCCAGCUCUUCUUCUUCAGCUUUGUGGCCUUCGCCUCUGGACAAAUGACCAGCUAUCCUCUGGCGGUCAUCCGAACUCAGCAGCAGGCGCAGGCAUUCAGCUCGGACUCGCAGCAGGCCUCGGGAGUGUUACGGGGACUCGUCGGGAUAUAUGAAAGACAUGGAUUUAGGGGAUACUAUAACGGCAUGGGCGCCAGCUUUGUCAGAGCCAUACCCUGUGCCUUGAUGAACUACUCUCUGACCAGGAAAUUUGAAGAACUGUUUUCAUCCAUGGAGUCUUGAAGAAAUGACGUCCACUAAUGGGCCAAAGAAAUACUGAAGCUGUGAGAUUUUUUUUUUUUUUUGUUUUCCUUAUGGUUUUUCUAAAAGAGCUAAACUAACCCAUGAAGUUAAUAGAAGAGGUAAUAUCCUGUUUUAUUAUUCUGAUACCAUGAAACUGACUCGGUGUGUUGGCUGAAUGCUGGACGGGAGUCAGUUUGCAAACUGGCACUUAUGGCGGUCUGUGUCAAUAACAGUGUAAUGUACUGUAGCUGUAUAAUAAAAUGUUUAUUUCA